UGCGGGCGGCCCGAGGCGGCGGUGGCGGCGCUGCUCCCGAUGGCGGCCCCGGGCGGGCUGGGCCGCUGCGUGGCCGCCUUCUGGCUGGCGCUGGCGUUCGACGCGCUGGGGCUGGCGGUGCUGCUGGCGGGCGUGUUCGCCGACGUGUUCUUCUCCGACCUGCUCAUCUACGCGGGCGGCAUCGGCAUCUUCCUCAGCCUCGUCUGGUGGGUGUUCUGGUACGCGGGCAACCUGGAGGUGCCGCCCGAGGAGCUGCGGGACGACGUGGGUCUGGCGGCGCCCAAGGGCCGCGGGGACACGCUGCUGCGGCGGCUGGUGCACGGGCUCAGCCUCCGCCUCACCACCGCGCUCGGGCCCGCACGCCCCGCCGACAUGGAGCUGCAGCGCCCCGCGGGGCCCCGCGGCCGCCCCGCCGAGCCCGGCAGGAUCUGUUGAAGACAUACCUAUCCAAGUUACUGCCUCAAAAAGCGGGGGAAAUGAUGCAAAUUCUGGAAAGAGAAUUCCCUUCUCAAAACAAUAGGAUUCUCUCACUGUGGGAUAAUCUCUGCAAGCAUUGUGGACUCUGAAUACAAUGGACACAUGGAGCCAUAUCUCUGCCAAAAACACCUAUUUCAGCGUUGGACUGGAUAUACUUUGAAAUGGUGGGAAAAAAACAACACAAAAUCACUUUAAGAAGUGAAAACUGAAAAAGAACUGACCCCAAUUCCCAGAAAAAUCUCUGCAGCUUGUCAUAUAGUUGUGUUUUUUAACUACUAUUAUUUUUUAAAACCCUGGAAGGUUUGGAUAAAAAGCUCUUGCACAAUGAAAAGCUCUUGCACUGUUUUACCAAAGUCUGGAAUUUAAACCUACUGUGAAUUUUUAUAAUGCCAGUGCAAUACUUUUGUUUGUAAGGGUGCUUUUAAAAUCUAUAUUAAACUAUUGAUGCAAAGCUGCAAAUGCA